GUGAACUUUGAGUGAAGUGAGUGAAUAUAUAAAAAUACAUAAAAAUAUAACUGUGACAUGAACGAAGAUAUAUAAAUAUAUAUUAGAUCGAAGCUAUGGAUUGUGAAAAACUAAACAAACCAAAACUACCAACCAAAGACACACGGUGCCGUUCAAAAACGAAACGAUAAGCGCAAAAUGACAGCACAAAAACUUCCCGCCAAAAAAACUGUUAAAGUGACAUUGUGUGUGACAUUACCGCGUGGGUAAAGAAAUGGUGACCCUGAUGCCGUGUAGCUACCUCGGAGGGGGCGCCUCCCCGCGCUGCAGCUUGGACCACGCCGAGCCAAAGGCAAAAAGGCCAAGACCUGAUCCUGGGACCGAUGCAUCAGAUCGACUGUCAGGCGAAGUUAACACAAGCCCGUGCGAAUCAGAAUCAACCUCCAACUCUCCGCCAUCGCUGCUUCAGGAUGCGACGUUGCCAGCUCUUCUAGUGUCAGGCUCAUCCACCCUGUUCCAGAACACGACGACGACCAGCAACACAGCGUUGAGCCUCUCAGCCGUUGAUAGUUUAUGCUUGCCUGGUACUUCGGAGGUGGAGAGCUGUAGUUUGGCUAACGGAUGCGCAACGAGUUCGUCUCUAGGGCUGGCCUUGCCGUUGACGUCGGCCGGAGGACUGUGCUCGACUUCCUCGUCGGCUGCGGUCGCCUGGUUGAUGAAUGAGGAUAGUGCGGGUGGUGUGAAGAGCGAGGUCCGGAGCCCGGGCCUGUGCGAGGCGGACGUGGCGCUGUACGGGGAGACGUUGCCGUACGAUCAGUCGGCACUGCCUUACCAGUAUUAUAAUAGCAUGCAACAAUAUGGUAGCGGCAGCGCGGCUUCAUCGUACGUCAGCUCAACGCUGUACAACCAGCCGUACGGCGCGUAUCCACCUCAGCAUAACACCAACAACAGGUCAUCCUGCAAAGCGACGCCGACGUAUCUGAGCGCGUAUGGCGUGAGUGGGGUGAGCGGGGUCCCGAGCACCGGCUUCGGAGCACAACCCUCGCCUUACGCGUACUCCUCCUACAAUGGAGGGCUGGCUCAGUCGUUUCCUACUGCACAACAGGACUACAGCAGCUACGCAGCAGGCUACGCGGACCACAAUGUGGCACAGUACAGUGGAUACUACGCCACCCCCAGUUACUCCCCCUACGUCAGCUCACCAAGUAGCAGUGGCAGCGCUGGACACACUUCCUAUCAUUUAGGAGGUGCUUUAUCAGAAUCUCCAUCGGCCAUGCUACCCUCUAUAAAUGAUGCAAGUCCACUGUCUCCUAUCAAAACAGAAGUACAUGCAGCCAGUCGGAGAUGUAGAGAAAACUCAGGAGAGAGCACAGCGUCCCGCUCGCGCGGCCGCGGUCGCCGCAACGCGUCGUCGUCGCCCGCGCAGCACGUCCCCGAGCCAGCGACAGACCGCGUCUUCAUCUGGGACCUGGACGAGACCAUAAUUAUAUUCCACUCGCUCCUCACCGGGACAUAUGCUACUAAGUACAAUAAGGAUACACAGCAAAUAGUUCAAUUGGGUUUUAGGAUGGAAGAAAUGAUAUUCAGUUUAGCUGACACACACUUCUUCUUUAACGAUGUUGAGGACUGCGACCAGGAGCACAUAGACGCGGUGUCGGCGGACGACAACGGGCAGGACCUGUCGGCGUACAACUUCGGCGCGGACGGGUUCCAGGCGGGCGCCGCGCCCGCCGGCCUCUGCGCGCCCGGAGUGCGCGGCGGCGUCGACUGGAUGCGCAAGCUGGCCUUCCGCUACAGGAAGAUCAAGGACACUUACAAUAACUACAGGAAUAGUGUGGGUGGCCUAUUAGGACCAGCGAAACGAGAACAGUGGCUACAACUGCGAGCCGAGUUAGAGCAGGCCACGGAUAACUGGCUAACGCUUGCCUGCAAGUGUCUCAAUAUGAUUAACUCAAGAGAGAACUGUGUGAACGUGUUGGUGACGACGACGCAGCUGGUCCCCGCGCUCGCCAAGGUGUUGCUGUUCGGGCUCGGCGGAGUGUUCCCCAUCGAGAACAUCUACUCCGCCACCAAGACCGGCAAAGAAACCUGUUUCGAGAAAAUAAAGCAACGUUUCGGCGAACGCUGUACGUACGUCGUGAUCGGCGACGGUCAGGAUGAGGAGGCAGCCGCCAAAGCGAAGAACUAUCCCUUCUGGAGAAUAUCCAGCCAUUCUGACAUCGCUGCGCUAUACAACGCCUUGGACAUGGGCUUCUUAUGAUCUGCUGCUAUCCUGGUACUUGUAACACGAGAAAAUCUAUUUUAUUUGAGAAUUUAUACCACACAAGUCCUUUUUUAAUAUUUGGAUGGAUUAUUCUUAUUGUUUUAUGUUGUCCUAGUACUUUCUGAGUCAUGUUGCGUUGCCAUCGGACUGCACUUUGGAUAGUUCUAUUCAAGUGUCAGCUGCAUUCAAACUGCAGUUGAAUUGCAAUUUGCAGUUGAAUUGCGAUCCAUCUAUUGAGAGCCUUUGCAAUGACUGCGCUGAUGCCUGGCAAUCGCUUUAUCAACGAAAAUUUAGUUAAUUGUUGAUCAAUCUCACUCAAAUGGAUUUAUGCUAUCCUAGUACUUUCUCCGUCUGUCAUGUCAGUGUCAACAAGCAGAAAACAAGUUUCGUAGCUUCUUACCAUCUUCUGUCAUCCCGGUACCUUGCUACUCAACAAUAAAAAAAAUCGACUUGGUUAUGAACAAUUUUCAUGAAUCGGUUUAUGUUGUCCUAGUACUUUCCGUGACAUUAUAGCCAUACAUACAUAGCCAAUUUGACAUCACUUCUCUUGAUCAAGAAAAUUCAUGUUGCCAAUCAUCUAAGAUGCUUCUAUGGCUUAUCCCCAAAGUUUUUAGAUACAUUUAUAAAAAUAGUCAGUUCUGUAUGUCUAUUGACUUUUUACUAUAUCGUCUAUGGUUGCCAACAGAGUAUAGACUCGAAAAAUAACUAAAAAAUAGUUUUAAAUUCAUAGUGAAUUUGCCUUUACUUAUUUCACACAAUAUGCAAUAAUUAUAAUUUAAAACCUCAAACUUGUCUAUACGAGGAUAUAUCUCGUAUCAAUCAUAAGUACAGACAGCAAUAAAAGUUGAACACGAUCAGAUUUACAAAAUAGAAGGUUUCUAUUUGUUUAUUCAGUCGUCAAUUUUUGUUGUUGGCUGUACUUGAACAGCAGUUAAAAUAAAAUAGUUAUAUUUCCAACACAAAUACAGUAGUUAGUUGAAUUAACAUAGAUUAUCAAACGAAAAACUAUUUUUAUUUAUUAUACAUGUUUAAUGACAUUAUUUUUUUAGCUCGGUACAGUUUUGUUAAUUGAGUACAAUAUUUAUAUUUUAUGGUCUUCUUGUAUACUAUUCACAAUAUCUUAAAGCUUACACAAUCUAGCUUUAAACAAAAUAUUCUUUGAUUUUUUCAGGAUAGAUUCAGUCAAAAAUAUGCCUUAUACACAAUUAGCCUUAAUUUUGCAUUGCUUGAACAUGUUGACCAUACACUUAUAUAAAUAUUGUACUUGUUAAGUUAUUGUUGCGAUACAAAAUAAUCGAAUGAAAGGAACAUAAUCGAUUCGUUAUGCAGGCCUUAGAGGGAAUAUAAGAAUCGUAUUUCAGACAUUGGGCCAUGGGCCCAAUUUUUUACCGAGUUUAAAAAAGACGUUAGGCAUUAAUCUGUAUUAAUUGAAGUUGUGUUUCCUAUUCGUUAUUUUACAUCGCUACAGUAGCAAAGAUAUUGUAAAGGCUCCAUAAAAGUACAUUUUUUUUCAUAAGUUUCGGAGCUUAAAUAAAUGUUAAUUAUUUUAGUUUUUAAAAGCUCAAAGUCAGCUCAAAAUCUAAGGAAACUAAAAGAAGUAAUGUUUUUUGUAAAUAUUUAUUGAAAAAAACAACUAGAGAGAUAGUUUUUUGUAAGUCCAUUCCUACUAUAUAAGUUUUAUAUGCUGUUUACGAUGUACAGAACUGUGGAGGUAAUAUUUAGAACAAUGUAUAGCAAAUAAAUAACUUUUCCUUUUCUUUUGGACGACUUUGCAAGGGAGUAGCAAUAUAGUGCCGAUAUUAUUAAGUAUUUAAAACAUUCUUAGCAAAAAGUAUUGUAUUACCAAGUAAAAUGACUUGUGAACAGGUAGAUUGCGAAUUCUAAAAAAUCUUGGUAUUCAAUUGGUAGCCAGAAAUUGCAAGACAGAUAGGUUUUGAAGGACAAAGGGCGUCUUUUGCCGAGUUGGGAUGUUAAACAUACUAAAUAAAAAAUAACAAAACGAAAUUAGAAAUUAACUCCAAAAAGGGCACAGUUUGAAAAUAAUCCAAGCUGAAUAUUUAAUUCAGCUGGAUUCAUUAUAAAAACGAAAUAAAAGUUGUAUCUUAUAACUUAGUAAUAUGUAAUAAGCUUGAAAAAAAAUAAUAUGUCAAAACGUAUUUAUUUAAUGUCUGCACUAUAUUGCUCAUAAAACUCAAAAAUAUUGGAGAACGAAUUCCAAAGCAAAAAGUCAAUUUCUCACAUUUCUGAAAAAUAAAAAUUGUUCCUGUUACUCUAAGCACAACUAUUUUUAUAUCUUCCAUUGCGGACACUUUUCUUUGUAAAUCUAUCCAAUAUGUACGUAUGUACAAAAGACUUUUCUUUUUACGAAAGCGUAGCAAUAUUUUAAAUGUUAUUAUAAAAUAGAUAAAAUUGUAAAUAAAAAUCUAAAUUUUAGAAUAGACUAGCUUAUUAAUCUAGUUCGAAAGUUAUUAUUAUUCGAUUUGUAAAUAAAAUUAUAUUAUUUGACAA